AUGCUUCUGCAAGUCCUACCUUACUUUAUCCUCGUUGCGGUACUCAUCGAGGCUAUGCGGCGGCUGCGCUCGCCACUGGCAAAGUUGCCGGGCCCCAAGUACACGGCCUGGACGGCGCUGGUGCUCAAGUACCGCGAAUUCACGCACGGACGACGCCUGUACAUCCAUGACCUCCACCAGAAGUACGGCGCGGUCGUCCGGCUGAGCCCCGACGAGGUGUCCUUCUCGAGCGCCGACGCGGCCAAGGAGAUCUACAUGUCGGGCGGCAGCGGUUAUGACAAGACGCCCUUCUACUCGCUGUUCACGCAGUUUGGGACGCGCACGCUAUUCUCCACGCUCCCCAGAGCGGACGUAUGUUCUAUCCACCCUCCCAGAGAAGACGUCGCAAGUGUGCUCGAUGAUGAGAACUGUUCGCUAACUCUUCUGGGCGGCGGCGGCCACCCGUUCCAGCACAGCUAUAUGAAGAGAUACCUGGCCGACCGCUACGCAAACACCAGCAUCAUGAAACCCGACAUCUUGAACGGCAUCGUCCAGCACGCCCGGGACUUUUUAAGCAAGUGUCUCGACCAAUGUUACGGGAGUGAUGGCUUCGCCGACAUAUAUGUAUAUCUACAUUGCUUCGCCCUGGACGGGGUCACUCAUCAGCUUUUCCACCCGUACGGCACGCACGCCAACAGGAAUGAAAAGGAUUUGCGGCUGAUGCAAGAAUUGUCCUAUCACGACAGUUUGAAAAGCAAUGUCGCCAUCUAUUACAUGCCGUGGCUCUCCAAUAUCAUCCACCGCAUCAGCCCGCCUAAGCCGGCUCCGCUGUCGAAUGAAUACGUCCUGAAGGCCAGCGCAUCUCCCUCGCCAUCACCGUUCAGUCUCCUCUCCAAGCUUCAGGCACAGGCCAAGGCUACCAAUAUGGCACCCUACGCCGUGCCAGCCGAAUGCAAGGACCACCUGGCUGCUGGGGUUGACACGACAGGCGACGCCCUCUGUUUCUUGAUGCACCACCUCUCAUUACCCGCGCCAGCCUCCCAACGCAUUCAAGGCCUGCUGCACAAGGAACUCACGGAGAACGCCACGACUUCGUUCGACCAACUCCCUUACCUGGAUGCCGUGGUCAAAGAGGGCCUCCGCUGUUUCCCGCCCAUACCAAUGUCGAUGCCGCGAUAUGUGCCCCAAGGAGGGAGCAUGAUCGACGGCCACUUCAUCCCCGGCGGCACCAUCGUGAGCAGUCAGGCGUACACGCUGCACAAGGACCCAGUCGUGUUCCCGCAGCCGUUGGAAUUCCUACCGGAGCGCUGGUUGGACAAACAAGGAGAGGCCGAGAGGAACAGAUUGUUCUUUGCCUUUUCGGUGGGCGGCCGAGGCUGUCUGGGCCGGCACCUCGCCAUCGCAGAGAUGAAACUACUUCUCCGCGAAGUCUAUUCGCAAUGUCGCACGACCUUGUCCCCCCAGAUGGACAGCGACAUGGAAAUGGAAGACCAGAUCAUCGCCAGUAGGCCCAAGGGCCAGAGUUGCAAGUUGGUCUUUGAGAAGAUUGUAUGA